AUGGAAAUUACCGGCUACUUUUUAGCCCCAGAAACAGGUUCUUAUACAUUUACCCUAGGAAAUGUUGACGAUUCAGCUGGUUUGUUGUUUGAUCAAGAUGCGUUUGGUUUUUGCGAACAAAAUGAUAUUACUGCUACCACAACAAAUUUUUUGCUAAAUGCUAUUAAGGGUUGCGAAUCAGGAAAAGAAGCUUCUGUAUCUAGUGAAAAAACUCUAAUUGGUGGACUUUAUUACCCAAUAAGAAUUAUAUUUUCAAAUGCAAUUACAAAAGCAAGCUUAGAUUUUUCAGCAACAUUACCCAAUGGAACCGUUAUUAAUGAUUUUACUAAUUACAUUUAUACAUUCGGUGAAGAUGAAUCUUAUUGCCCAGCAUUUGAACGUGAAACUACAACAUACACACCAUGGACUGGUACAUAUACAUCUACCAUUGGUACUAGUGUAACUACCAAUAUUGGUACAGAUGGUAUUCCAACAACCUCUACCAUCUACACAGUUGAGACUCCAGUAGUUGAAGGUACUACUACCACCUACACACCAUGGACUGGUACAUACACAUCUACCAUUAAUACAGAUGUAACUACCAGUAUUGGUACAGAUGGUAUUCCAACUAUCUCUACUAUCUACACAGUUGAAACUCCAGAUGUUGAAGUUACUACUACUACAUACACACCAUGGACUGGUACAUUCACUUCUACCAUUGGUACUAGUGUUACUACCAGUAUUGGCUCAGAUGGUAUUCCAACUACCUCCACUAUCUACACUGUUGAAACUCUAGAAAACAAGGGUACUACUAUCACUUACACCCUAUGGACAGGUGCUUACACAUCCACUAUUCCAAAAAAACAACAACAACAACAACAACGGUGGAUCUGGUAG